AUGUUCCAUCACAACAACACUUUGGAAAAUCCUUCCACGAGUGAGACAGAAGCAUCAUCAUCAUCAUUUGUUGCUACUACUGCUGAUCAACCACAAGAUUUAUAUUUCAACACUAGUAAUGCUCGAUUACUCACACCUCUUAGCAACGAUGAGGAUCAUAACAAUACUUUGAUCAACGAGGACGACGACAACAACAACAUCCCGAGCAAUUAUACGAACAGUCUUGCAACUAUCAAGACGGAUGAAAUAAAUGAUAUUCAUGAUGAUGAUGAUGAAGAAGAUGAUAAUAACCAUGAGGAAGAUCACCAAUAUAUUAAUAAUAUUAAUACUUAUUGGAUGGAUGAUGAUGAAACCGAUGAAGAAGAAGAAGAACAACAACCCACAACUGUCUGGCAAAACGGAAGAUUUGUCAAGAAAAUUGUAUUAGGACAACACACCUCCGAAUUUCAACAUCCGUAUGACAUGGUGGUAGAUCAACAUCAAGAAUUGAUUUUCAUAUGUGAUUCAUCUCAUCAUGCCAUUCAAGUUUAUGAUCUCUCCACUCACAAGUUUGUACGAAGCAUUGGUUUGGGAUCUGAUGUUCCGUUCUAUAUUGAUUACGAUCCGACAGAGUCUGCCAUUGUGUUUGGAAGUGAUAAUCACUGCCUGUACAAGUAUUCAGUGUUUGGAAAGUUGAUAUGGAAAGUGGGUAAACAUGGAAGUGGACCAGGAGAGUUUUCAUUGCCGUCUGGUGUGUAUAUUGAUACCAAAGAGAAACUCAUCUAUUUGUGUGAUCAAUACAAUUGCAGAAUUCAAGUACUGACCUCGAAUGGAGAGUUUGUGCGUCAAUUUGGGGAAUAUGGUGUGAAACCUGGAAAUUUUCAUGGACCACGCAAUAUUACAGAAUCUUUGGAUGGAAAUUUAAUCAUUACAGAUCGUAAUAAUCACAGAGUUCAAAUUUUCACAAAGAAUGGCAAAUUUGUGAAAGCAUUUGGAAGUUAUGGAUCUGAGAGAGGUCAAUUUAAUGAACCAUGUUCAGUGUUGGUAGAACCUAAUACUGGAAAUAUUUAUGUGAGUGACAGUUUUAAUGACAGAAUUCAGAUCUUUUCGUCGAAUGGUGAAUACAUUGAAUCUAUAGAGGGUGAUUUGGAUUAUCCACUUGGAAUUUCUCUAAAUGCAAGAAAUGGAGAUUUAAUGAUCUCGGAGUAUUCAAGGAAUAGGAUUGUUAUUCUAAAAGAUACGAAAUUCGAAUCGAGAAUGGAAGAACAUUUCAAAAGACAAUUGCUGUAUUGUGCAAGAUAUUUGAACCAUGAUAUUGGAAUAGUGAGCUGGGAAGAGUAA